UGUUCCCUAAAUCCUUCAGUUUUCUUCUGUCUUUUUCCGCUAGAAUUCUGUGCGUAUUCAUUUCCUUUUGCAGAAAUGUUUCCAGGAUGUUAUCUGUUAACACAUCCCAGCCAAUUGCUCCCAAGGAUGGGUGCUCUGAAUGCAAAGUGGCUAUGGAGAUGAUCCAAGGGGAGUGCCCUGCGACAGAGCCUAUAUAUACCCAGGUUUAGGAAAGCUGCUGUAGAGAAACAGAUGGUCUGCGCUGAAGACCUGGCUACACUUGAGCACACCUAGAGCUAAUUUUCUCAUCCAGUUCUGUCCCCUGUGGAGAUCUCCCGGGCAGCAACCAUGACAAACCAGCUGCAGAAAAUGGUGGCGGAGAAGAAGGACGUGGUGGAGACGGUGAUGGAGGUCUUCGAGCAAGGCGCCGAGGUGGUGGCCAGCAUGGCAGGGGACCUCUUCCCCAUCUUCCAGAUCGCCGCGCCCAUCGUCAAGCUGGCCCUGGACAACGUGGAGAGCGAGGAGGCGGCGUACAUGAAGGAGCAGUUCCAGAAGGUGAGGGAGCGGCUGGAGGUCCUCUCGGAGGAGAUCAAGCGCAUCAACGAGGAGAUCAAGAAGAGCCAGGUGGACGCGGAGUACUUCUCCGUGGAGGAGAACCUGACCAACCAGUUCCGCAAGUACAUGGACAUCCUGAACGCCAAGCCCAAGUUCAAGGAGGUCAAGAAGAAGCUCUUCCUGGAGCACUUCAGCAAGACGGGGGGCGACAAGAACCUCCACACUCUGUACAACGCCGUGACGGGGGACAACUUCUCCGGGGAGUCAAUCCUGGAGAUCACGCUCAACUACGAGGAGAAGAGCCGGCGUCCCAUGGAGGAGUUCUGCGCCCGGCUGAAGAAGUUGUUUUGCGUGGGCCUGAUCGCCCUGAUGGGGCACGCCGCCCUCAAGGGAGACGACGAGGAAGCUCUGCUGAAGGACUGGGGGGAGAAGAUGAAGGCGGUGCAGGGGAAGAUGAACGCCGUCAUCGAGGACUGCAUCAGCAGCUUCCCCGAGCAGGCCAAGAUGGACGCCCGCAAACUGGUGAGGGACAGGGAAGCCAGAACGAACCAGCAGCUGGCCGACCACCUGGUGGACUUCCUCAAGAAGAAGUACGACUGGGUCAGCUGGUCCGUGCGGGUCUUCAACUCCCCCUCGGGCGUGUUCAGCAACAUGUUUUCCAAGGAGUACCAGUGCUGCACCGGGAGGAGCCGGUUCCAGUUGCCGGAAGGCGACAGCAAGUUCAACGUGGUGGUUUCCUACAGCGCCUCGCCGGAGCCCGUCGACAAGAGCGACAUCCAGCAGCUGAUCGAGCAGCAGAAGAAGGCCAGCGUGGUGUCGGUGGCCGAGCUGCUCUUCGACCGGCUGCCCGCCUGCGUCGUCCACGCCGUCAAGCCGACCAAAGACCUCGGCGUCUCCUGGAGCUUCUCCGAGGAGCUGCACUACUGGGAGCAACACAAGAACUUCGCCGUCUGCGUGCACUCGGCAUAGUUGGGGGGGCGCACUGAGCCAGAGGAGGCUGAAACAGACAAACACCGCAUGUGCCUUAAGGAUCAAAUCAUAAGGAAAACCUGUCGAAUCGGGUGAUUGGGUAAUAGAACUAAAAAUCAACUUAGGAACACCUCCCUCAAGUGCUUGAAAUUGUAAACCCCUUUGCCCAGUGAAACGACUGUUUAAAAAAUCUGUGCCACUACACAGCAGUUUUACUGUCUAAUUGGCUGCUUCAGGAAUGCAUUAGAUUGUGUUGCAGAUCUUUUCAAACUUAAACGAGCAGUACGAUACAUUUGUGUUGAACUGACACUGCAAAUUGCCGUAUUUUAGGGGAUCACAUCCACGGGACAAACAGAGCUGAACAAUGCUGCUUGUCGUUCCCUCCAGUCAGGAAUUGCAGCUUUAUAAAAUGAAUCCAGAUGUUCAAGAAAGGACUUGCCCAGACAUGAUCAGGCACAUCUGGCAGGUAGCCACACACUCAGUGUUUUACCAGGAAAAAUUCCCUGUUUAGUCAGAUGCGUCACAGUAACCACAGUGAUGUGCAUCUGUUGUGUUGUGAAACAGAGGCGAAAGAUAGCUCACCUUCUGCUCGCUGAAUCCCUUUGAACUGUUGGGUUGAAAAUACCUGCUGCCAGGGCUUGGCAGUUACUGUCUAUUGCCCUUGCAGUAAAAAUGAUCAAUUGCCUUUGAUUUGUAAGGCAAGCGUUAUCAGUGUCAUGACCUCUCCUGGAUUAUUUCAAGAUACAGUUCAUUGCUUUACUUUAUUGCACUGUGGGUGCUGUGUGGCAAGGCAUAAUUACAGUAGGAAACCUCAGUGUAGACAGAGGUUUAUUCACUUUGCUCAGUAAGCUUUCUGUGAGGCUGAAAAUGGAGAACAUUAACACAACAAAUCUGAGCCCCAAAACCUUUCCAUUCCUGAAUUGUAUCAUAUGGGGCUGCAGAGUCUCUCUCUUGGGAUUCAUGUUGCAGCAGUGGCCUCUAAUCCUUGGCCUUGCUUUGAGUUUUAUCUGUAGGAAACACACCAGAUGAAAAUCACAUGCAGGAAUCUGUAACAUUAGAUCAAGACACUGUGCUGCAGCUGGGUAGCUGAUUCCAUUUGAGAUGCACACAGUGGUUCACCAAGACAGAAGUUUCCUGGUUUCUAGGUGUGAAGCAAUCAGAGAGCACAUGACUCCCCCCUGGACAGGAUGCCAGUCCAUCACAGGAGCAGCAAUGCUGGUUCCUAUUUAUACUACUGGGUGGACUGGAGCCACUGGGCUGUGUGUCUCAAGGAGAGACUCAAACCCAUCAGUUAUGAAUGUAGAAACAUACCCACUGUGCUGCUCUGCCCCCUAAAUGCUGCAGCUGCAGGGAUGCAAAAAAGGUGAUAAUUUGUCCUAUUUCUGGCUUUAAAAACAGCAGGCUCUUGUGUAUAAGCUACUGUAACAUGGGGUUGUGGGUUCCUUCAUGCUUCUUACUCAUCUCUAAUUAAUAGACAUGUAAAUUUAAACUGACAAUAAACAUUUUACAGUUGAGGAAAUUAAAGAAUUCAGUCUGCCACA